CUCUGGAAGGCUAUCUUAGCCGAGUGUGGGAUUUCCACUAUGUUCCUACACUAUUUUUUGACUAUAUUCGAUCUACUCGUUGCUAUAGUUCCGAUGCUUAUGUCAAUAUCAUUACCAUUUUGUUGCAGAAAAAAGAAGAAGAAGGAACAAUAUCCAUCGGCUUUUAUGGAGGGUUAUAAAGAAGAAGGAGAAUCUAGAGAACCAGGUCAAUCAAGAGAUGGACCUUUUGGCACUAAUGAAGCGCGGCAGCCGGCAAAGUUAAAUAUACGGCCACCAAAAGAGAAUAAAGUUGUGGGAACAUAUGAUCCUAAUUACCAAACACUCGCUGGACUUGAUAAUGCAAACGUUUUUCAGGAAAAGAAGGGUGGCGGCAUGGGAGGAGGUGCAGGUGGCUUUGGUGGAGGUGGAGCAUUUGGUGGAGGAGGAGGUGGUGGAGGAUUUGGUGGAGGAGGAGAUGGUGGAGGAUUUGGUGGACCAGGUGGUGGCGGAGGAUUUGGUGGAGGAGGCGGCGUUGGUGGAGGACAACAAAUUCGUGCACCAGAGCCUGGCGGUAAGAAAAUGGCUGGAACAUAUGAUCCCAACUAUCAGACACUCGCUGGUUUGAACAAUGACGAUGUUUUCAAGAAAAAGGAUGGAGGCUUUGGCGGUGGAGGUGCUGGUGGCGGCUUUGGUGGAGGUGGUAUUGGAGGAGGUGGUGGAGGAAUUGGUGGAAGAGGAGGAGGUGGUGGAGGAUUUGGUGGAGGAGGCGGCGGUGGUGGAGGACAACAAAUUCGUGCACCAGAGCCUGGUGGUAAGAAAAUGGCUGGCACAUUUGAUCCGAACUAUCAAACCCUUGCUGGCUUGAAUAAUGAGGACGUCUUCAAGAAGAAGGACGGUGGUGGCGGUGGCGGCGGAGGCUUCGGAGGAGGCGGUGGAGGUGGUGGCGGAUUUGGCGGAGGCGGUGGAGGAUUUCAGCAAGAUUUCGCCACUUACUGA